ACAACAACAAUAACCCGUCGGGAAAAUCGCGGCGAACAAAAGAUUCCCAGGCGCAAUUGGAUUGGCAAUUGCGUAGAACACACAUAUUGUGCCUGCCUACAGAUACAGAUACAAGUGACUGAGUGUAUUGGUCAAGAUGAGUGCUCGAAAAUUGCGCGCCGAUGAAUAAUGUGCCGAAAACAAGAGCAAAAGGCCAGCAGGCGACGCAUUAGCUUAUAAAUAGUGACAAACUCAGGCAGACCUACUGUUAUUUCCCAGCUGCCCCAUCAGCCUGUCUGCUCUGCCCAAAGUUCUUGCGAAAGCUCUUUUUCGCCAGCAGACUAGGCGUGCCUAUUUGCGUGGCCGCCAAUGUGGCCUGGCACUGGCGUUGCCGGACGUUCGCGAGAAAAAGCGUAAUUCAUGGCAUGAUUAACGAAAAGUCUGCAUAUUUCCCCGUGUGUGAGGCUGAAAAUGUUUAUAAACAAUAGCCGUAAUAACAAGAAGCGCUAAUAAUCAGCAUUGGCUAGCUGCCCCCAGUGAAUACGGCAACACUCGCGGAUAUCUGCGCUUUGCUUUUCGGGAGCACAGGCCAGGCGAGGGCAGAGAGAAGGAGAAAGAGGGCUCCUCCAAAUCUAAAUCCAACUCCUGGAAUCCUCCGAAUCCGAAGCCAGCAAGGAAGCCACAUAGAACAUAGGAUCAAUCCUCUGAGGGAGACGCUCUCCUGAUCGCCUGGAAGUGGAAGCGAAGCCUACUGCCGCUGCCGAAUAAUGAGUCGACAUGAUGGUGUCAGCUGCGAUUCAUGUCUCAAGAGCAACUUCAACGGACGGCGCUACAAGUGCUUGAUCUGCUAUGACUACGACCUCUGCGCCGACUGCUACGAGGAUGGCGUCACCUCCACGCGCCACCUGGUCGAGCAUCCCAUGCAGUGCAUCCUCACCCGCUCCGACAUCGAGCUGUACUUCGGCGGCGAGAUGCUAACCUCGGACCAGCCGCAGAGCUUCACCUGUCCCUACUGCAAGAAGAUGGGCUUCAGCGACGCCACCCUGCUCGAGCACGUCUCCGCCGAGCACACGGAGACCAGCCUGGAGGUGGUCUGUCCGGUCUGUGCCGGUCUGCCAGGCGGCGAGCCGAAUCUAGUCACAGAUGACUUUGCCGGUCACCUCACCCUGGAGCAUCGCCAGGGGCCGCGCGAGCUGAUUUCCUUUCUGGACGAGCCCUCGGCCAUUCGUCAUGGCGGCGGAGUACGUCGGAUCCCAGGACGCACCCUCGGCGGACCGCGGACACGGCGCUCCAACAUGCACUUCAGCUCCUCGAGCGGCCUGUCGGCCCUGUCGCCCUCGGGACGGGAAUCGGUGGAUCCCAUCGCGGAACUGCUGUCGCAGCUUUCCGGGGUGCGGAGGGGCGGGCCGCCCACAUCGCAGCUGCAGCAGCUACAGAUGCAGAUGCAGUUGGAUCGCCAGCAGGUGACGGCAUCGCGCCAAAUCGAUCGGCUGCCAAGGCGUGCGCAUCCCAUAGUCUCAACAUCGAACUCGAAUGCCGCCAUGGCCGAGGUGAUCAGCGGCGGAGCAGGAGGCAGUGGCGCAGUUGGAAGCGGCAGUGGCGGCGGCAGCGGGGGCACCGCACCGCCCAACCUGCGCACCACCGAGUGGCCGGUGACAGCCAGCUUCUCGACAUCGGCCAGCAAUCAUUCGCAGACUCAGUCGAGUCUGGCCGCCAACAGCCUCAAUGCCAGAGAAGCGAUCGGAACGAGCAGCAGUGCAGCCAGCAAUGCCCUGGGCAUCAGUGUGGGCGUCGGCGGAGCGGCCAAUGGCAACGGCGGAGCAGGUUCAUCCGGUGUGGCAGCUGGAGCUGCAGGAGCUGGCCAAUCAGGUGGCCAGGGAGCUGCGGUGGCUGGCGAGUCGCUCUUGUUGGCCCAAUUCAUGCAGCCCACCCUCUCCGAGGCCGAGUGGGCGAUGGUGGAGAGCAUGCGAGCGGAUCGCUCCAUGUUUGUGCAGUCGCUGAUGCUGUCGAUGCUCUGCACCGAGGCGCUGGACUUGAAUGCCUCCGACGAGAGUCUGGCCAAGAGUGAUAAUGUAAAUAAGGGGCAGCAGCAGCAGCAGGAGGACGCUGAGGCCGAGGCGCAGGCGGAAACGCUGCUCAACAACAAUGCCGAUGUGGAGCAGCAGCAGCAGCAGCAGCAACAGCAACAGCCGAUGGUGCGACAGGUGAAUCAAAUGCAACAAACCUCGCCGGAGGACUUUGUGUGCGACGAGUAUCGCUAUAAAAACAAAAAGGCCAACACAACACAAACGAGCGGCACAGGAGGCGGCGGAGGAGGAGGAGGAGGAUUGGGGGCAGCAGGAGCCACUGCAGCCGCAGGUGGGGGAGCUAGUGGCGCUGGCAGUAAGCCAACAGCUGACAGAGGCAUCGAGAGGCGGGCAGGUCGUCCGCCGCCGGCGGAGAUGGCCACGGGCUCGCAGCAGCCACAGCAGCAGCAGCAACAGCAGUCCUUGGGGAAUCCGGCGGCGUCCCAGCAGAAAUACAAACAGAGCGCUAAUGCAGCGGCGGCGGCAAACACAAAUCAAAUUCCCGACACUAGGUAGUGCCUCCGAUGAAGAUAGAUUACCACGAAUUGCAUCAACAACAAGAGUAACAACAACAACCACACCCAAUGUAGCUGCAGCAGCCACAACAAAUCUAUCACCACCACGAAACACCGCAACAGCAAAGGAAUCAGAAUCAGAAACAGAAUCAGAAACCGAAACCGAAACAACAACCGAUGGAACUACAACCAACACAGCCGUUAAAGUAACAACCGGAGUGGGGGAUAGCUGCUGCUCUGGAGGAAUCCGAUUCGUCUUAAGCGGUUGCUCACGCAGCCGCCGCAGCAAUUUCGUCAAAAGGAAAACUAUAUUAUGUAUCGUUUAUUAAAUAUAUUAAAAUUUAUAUAAUUAUAAAAGGA